GCGAGGCGAGGCUGUGUUGUUUGCUGUAGGGACUUUUGCAAAAAUUAUUAUUAUUAUUAUUUUGCAAUUAAUGCGAUGGUCCUUGCACGGAGAGGGCUGCGCCUGUCGGGACUUGGAAGAGGGAGCGGCUGCUGGUGAAUCCGAAAGGCAGCAGGGCGGACCUCCUUGGCAGGGAAGGAAAGAAGACCGGUUGCACACCUGAGCUCAGUAUUUCCCGUAAACCCAUCUGCAGGGUGGCUGGCAAAAUCGCACAGGUGUCUGUGAAAGCGGCAAGUCCUGCGUGCCAAGCCGGGGGUAUUAUUAAUGGCGGUGCCCGCUGACGAGCCAUUUGCAUCACGGCAGAGACGAGCCGCCUUCACCUCCACUGAACCAUAAUGGGCCGGAAAAAGAUACAGAUCAGUCGGAUUUUGGAUCAAAGGAACCGGCAGGUCACGUUCACCAAAAGGAAAUUUGGGCUGAUGAAGAAGGCCUACGAACUCAGCGUCCUGUGCGACUGUGAGAUCGCCCUCAUCAUCUUCAACAGCACCAACCGUCUCUUCCAGUAUGCCAGCACAGACAUGGACAAGGUCCUGCUGAAAUAUACCGAGUACAGUGAGCCCCACGAAAGCCGGACCAACUCGGAUAUCUUAGAGACUCUGAAGCGUAAGGGCUUAGGCUUGGAGGGCCCAGAACUGGAUCUCGAAGAAGCCCUGGACCCUGCUGGGAAACUGAGGCGUCCCAGCGAGGGCGUGGACCUGACGUUGACGCGGCCGAAACUUUGUUCCGCAGCUUCUCUGUCGAGCCUCGAGGGUGCCUCGGUGGGAACUCCCCCCUCCGGAAGCGAGGGUGGGGCAGGGAGCACUGAUGGAUCCCCUCUCCAGCAGAACCGCUUGCAGCCGUUUAAGGCCACCCUCUCCAGGCAUGGUGUCCCCCCCGGGCGCUCUCCAGGGCCCCUGCCAUCAGGGAUUGGGUACCCGAUCUUCUCCCCCGGCAACCUGAGUCGUGCGCUGUCCAGCAAAACGCCCCCUCCGCUGUACCUGGGAGCUGACCCCCGUCGGGCCGAGGGGCACCUGUCUGGUAGCAGGACCAACAUGACCUCUGCCCGCUCUUUGUAUCCCAACCUGCAGACCGUGAGUCCCGCGUUGCCCGCUGGGACUGCCCCUCUUCCCGGUCACGGACUCCCAGGAUAUCCCUUCCUCUCUUCCAGCCAAUCGGAAUACACCCCCGGAGACAGCGCCUCACACUCCUUUGGUCUCCAGGCCAGUGCUGUAGCAGGGUGGCAACACCGCGAUAUGAUGAUCACCAGGCACCCGCCUCUGGGCACUGCCGCUCGAAUCGGAAUCUGUGACCCGGCUGCCCUGACUUCCGCCUCGCCGCCUGUCCACGUCAAGUCAGAGCGCCUCUCUCCUGCGGCCAGCUGCAGCACCACGGCCCUCCAGCCGUCUCCCUGUGUCCGCCCCUCCCUCAGCGAUGUCCCCAUGGACCUCCCCCCCCGGGAAGAUUACGUCAAAGCCUACCAUUACUCCUUCCUCCUCUCCCGGUCGCUGGCAGAAGAACCACAACUUGCUGCCGUUCCCCCUCGGCGAAUGCAGCCCGCUAUAGAAGAAUGGCAGAGAUAAUUGUGUGUGGGGUGUGUGUGUGUGUCCAUAUUCCUACAUACACCUGAGGUUGGGAAGCACCUGCAGGGGGUGUACGUGUGUUGAGUUUGUGUGUGUGUGUGUGUGAGAGAGAGAGAGAGAGAAUGAAUGAUCUACACACCUGUAGAUCACAAGCAGAGAAUUACGUAUGGUGUAGAGUGGACAGAGAGAGAGAAGUUGUUUCCCCUCCCCUAAACUAGAAGGCGAGGCAGGGAAUGACCAAUAAAUUUGAUUUGGCCAGACAUUUAGGGCCAAAUCCUAAAUUUGGGGGGAAGCAGACAUUCUCCUUCCCAGAAUUCACUUGCGGAACUCUCUGCCACAAGCUGUGGUCAUGGCCUCUCUCGUAGGCAUAUCUAAAAACCUAUUAGGCAAAUUUGCCACGGGUGAAGUAUAUUGACGGCGAAAUGUCCACUGCAUGGACAGAGGCAGUCUAUCUUGGAAUCCCAGCAAACCAAGGGCAGGGCUGAGGGCUUCAGGUCCUGCUUGCAAGGUUGAGGAAGGGGAGGGUGGUGUUUUGGGGAAAACUGCCAGGUGAUUUUUUUUUUUUUAAAGGACGAUGAGCAUGUUCAUCUUGAAACUUCCAGGUGUUUUGCGUUAUUGAUGUAUUAAAGGAAAUUGUCACGCUUCUGUGAAAACACAAAGA